CGAGAGGAGGGAAGUCAGUCACCUGGCGGUGAAGGACAGUAAAACAGGGACGGAGAGGGAAAUCUCUGCCUCUCUCUCCCUUCUCUUCUGCAAGAGAGAGAUCCACCUCCUGUUUUCCUCCCAACUCUUCCAGCAUAACCUUCAAAGAAGACCAUACCGUACAGACUUUCUUUUAUUAUAUAUAGAUGUGUAUGUGUAUAUAUACAUUGCUAUUAUUAUUACUAUAGACUAUCUUUAGCUGCAUAACAAAUUUUAGCCUAUGCAGGACUUGGGGGAUUUUGUUAUCUUGCCAGCGAAAUUGUUCAUCGCUAAUGUCUUGCGCUCGCAGGGUGCUAAAUUAGCUACCAGACUACUCUGGUAGCAUGACGGGGAAAGGCUUUUAUCAUAGACUGUUCUCUUCAGUUUGAACACAUUUGCUUGAAAUUUGCUGCAUGAUGCUGUCCAGGGAAGAAGGAUUUUUUCCUCGGGAUACAGCGAUUCGCCGGUUCCUGAGCUUAUUGCAGAAGAAAAAAAAUCUUUAAACUGAGUGGAUUUUUUUUUUUUUUUUGCUGUCUCCUUUCAUUGCCAGAGGACGCGAAUCUCUUUCACCAGGGAAGGAUCACCUGUCGCUUUAAUCCUUAAGGGAGUUAUUUUUUAAAAAAGUGAAAUAUUUUAUUUAUUUAUUUAUUUAUUUAAACCGGUGGAGGCGUGAUCGCGGAGAAUGAGACUGAGGGGAGCUGCCACGGUUUGGAGGACAAGGCUGAGUUUAGGCUGGAAACUGACAGACUAGAUUUCCCCCCUCCUCCCCCUUUUUUAUCUCCCCCCCCCGCCCUCCCCCUUUGUUCCUCUUCAUUUUUUGGCACAACUUCCGUAGUUUCCAGUCCGCUCCGUUCAGUUUCGCUCUAUGGACAGAUCAGCUAACCUGGACACGGAGGAGCUCAAGAUGACACGAGAGCAGUAUAUAUUAGCAACACAACAGAACAGCCUUCCAAGGACUGAACAUCCUCAGUUUUACCCAGUAGGGAUUUAUGGAUGGCGAAAGAGGUGCUUAUACUUCUUUGUCCUUCUGCUGUUGGUUACCAUGAUUGUUAAUUUAGCAAUGACAAUAUGGAUUUUGAAGGUUAUGAAUUUCACAGUGGAUGGAAUGGGAAAUUUGAGAGUCACUAAAAAAGGAAUACGACUUGAAGGAAUAUCUGAAUUUCUACUUCCACUAUAUGUGAAAGAAAUCCAUUCCCGAAAGGAUAGUCCACUGGUCUUACAGUCUGACAGAAAUGUAACAGUGAAUGCAAGAAAUCACAUGGGACAGUUAACUGGACAACUGACAGUAGGGGCUGAUGCUGUGGAAGCUCAGUGUAAGAGAUUUGAAGUGAGGGCAAGCGACAGUGGAAGAGUGUUGUUUUCUGCAGAUGAAGAUGAGAUUGUCAUUGGAGCUGACAGACUGAAAGUAACAGGCACGGAAGGGGCAGUGUUUGGGCACUCUGUGGAGACACCCCAUAUCAGAGCAGAACCUUCCCAAGACCUCAAACUUGAAUCUCCUACUAGGUCUUUGGUGAUGGAAGCACCCAGAGGAGUGCAAGUCAACGCAGCUGCAGGAGACUUAAAGGCUACCUGUAGGAAAGAACUGCACUUGCAGUCCACAGAAGGGGAGAUAUUUUUAGACGCAGAUACAAUCCGCCUGGGAAAUCUACCAGUGGGGUCCUUUUCAUCCUCCUCCUCCUUCUCCUCCUCCUCCUCCUCACCCAGCUCUUCAGCUCCUCGCCAGACUAUCUAUGAGCUCUGCGCCUGUCCCAAUGGUAAACUCUACCUGUCCCCAGCAGGAGCAGGCUCCACAUGUCAAUCCAGUAGCAACAUCUGCCUGUGGAGCUAGAAGGACUCCGUUUUAUCCUCACACCAGAAUAGCCUUUGGUUACUAUCCCUCAGCUUCACAGUUCAGUUCGGUUUCCCUUGUGACAAGCCCGACGCUCCGAGCGGCCUG